AUGUCUGCACCGAUCGUUCUGCUUCAAAUUGGGUCGAACCCUUUCAAUACGGUCUUUGAAGAUGCGCAUGGAGAGGCUGCUUUCACCAUUCAAGAGCGUACCCCGACUACCCCAAACACUCUAGUACGCCUUCGACGCGAGCAGCUAUGGAGCGCCAUAUACCACACCAUCUCUGGUCCCGGGGCCACAUACUUCUAUUUCGGACCUGAAAGCGCACCUGGUUCAGGAUAUAUUGUUUACGGAAACGCGGAGGCGCAGAGCAUGACGAGUGUCGUGAGGAAGAAGAGAGGCAGUGCGAUGAGGUAUUUCACGACUCAUAUGGGAAAGGAGUUGAGGUGGAAGUUGUCGGAUUCCUCGGGGCAUAUGGAGUGCUCCGACGGGAACAAACUCCUCGCCGUCUACCAGGCUAAACACCCAGACCUCCCGCAACAUGCGGUGUUGACGAUACAACCUUCCGCGCUGCCGGUGGUGACUGAGGUGGUGACAACGUUGAUGUUGAUCAGAAUGGGAGGGUCGUUGAGGUGGUGA